AUGUUGGACAUGGGCGAACGCAAAGAGCUCAAAAUGAUCCCCAAGUCGUCCUUCACCAUCCACAGCUUGGUGCCCGAGGCCGUGCAGAGCGACAACCACAACCACAGCCACCAUCACCACCAUCACCUCCACCACAACAGCAACCACCACCAUCAUCAUGUCCACGUCCAGAACCAGCACCAGAAUCGAGGAGACGACGCAGAGCUUAAGCCCGCUAUCGUCGUCGCCGCCGCCGCCGCCGCGCAGCAGGACAGCAAGGCGGAAGCUUUGAGCGAUCAACCGGGGUCCGAAAGCUCCGGCCAGGAAGCCCCCGAGGCGGCGACUGCGGCAGCUGCGGCGACGGCGGCGGAGAAGCCCGAAGACAAGAAGGAGGGAAAAGACGCAUCUUCGGCGGACGCUUGCAGCGGCAAGGAGGCCGAGAAAAAGGGCGGCAAGUUUGAGAAGCCUCCGUUUUCGUACAACGCGCUGAUCAUGAUGGCCAUUCGCCAGAGCCCCGAGAAGCGGCUGACGCUCAACGGCAUCUACGAGUUCAUCAUGAAGAACUUCCCAUACUACCGAGAGAACAAGCAGGGCUGGCAGAACUCCAUCCGCCACAACCUGAGCCUCAACAAGUGCUUCGUCAAGGUGCCCCGACAUUACGAUGACCCGGGCAAGGGCAACUACUGGAUGCUGGACCCCAGCAGCGACGACGUCUUCAUCGGCGGCACCACCGGCAAGCUCCGCCGUCGAUCCACCACCUCCCGGGCCAAACUGGCCUUCAAGCGGGGCGCCCGCCUUACCUCCGGUCUCACCUUCAUGGAGCGUGCCGGCUCGCUCUACUGGCCGGUAUCCCCGUUCCUGUCGCUGCACCACUCCAGGGCCGGCGCAGCGGUGGGCUACAACGGGGCCUCGGCGGCGGCCGCGGCAGCAGCGGCGGCGGCGGCCUACCCGGGGCACCCCAUGUCGUACGGCGCCAUGUUGGGCCAGAACGUUCACGGCACGGGGCACCCAUUCUCGCCGCCGUCCAACGGCCUGAGCAUGGAGCGGCUCGUCGGUAGCGACCUGCCCUACGCCACGCACCACCUGACCGCGGCAGCGCUGGCGGCCUCGGCGGUGCCCUGCGGCCUGUCGGUGCCCUGCUCCGGCACCACGUACUCCCUCAACCCGUGUUCGGUCAACCUACUGGCCGGUCAGACGAGCUACUUUUUCCCGCACGUCCCGGUGAGCACGCCGGGCGGCGGCGGAGGAGGAGGAGGCGGAGGAGGAGGCGGAAGCGGCGGAGUCCCGGCAGUCCGCGCGCCGGCCUCCGGUUCACCACAGGCCGCCUCAUGUGACUCCCUCAGGCCGCCCAUGGGCGCCUCUUUGCCGGCCUUCUCGUCCGGACUCUCCGCCGGCCUCUCUGACUAUUUCACGCACCAGAACCAGGCAUCCGCGCCCAACCCGCUGAUCCACUAA